GCCGGGCCCGCUCCUCCUGCGCUCCGCCAGUGUCCGGCCGCGGGCCGGCCUUAGUGACUGGGGGCUGCGGGCCCGGGGCCGGCGGGCGCGGGCGCGGGCUGCCUUCGUCGGGCCCCGAGCUCGCCCGGAGCGAGCAGCCGCCCGCGAGCCGCCGCGGAGCCUCCUCGCCCGCUCCCGCCGGCGAGCAAGAUGAUGUGCGAGGUGAUGCCGACCAUCAGUGAAGCGGAAGGCCCGCCCGGGGGGAGCGGGACCCAUGGGUCAGGCUCCCCCUCGCAGCCGGACGCGGAUUCACACUUCGAGCAGCUGAUGGUGUCGAUGCUGGAAGAGCGGGACCGCCUCCUGGACGCGCUGCGAGAGACUCAGGAGACGCUGGCGUUGACCCAGGGCAAGCUGCAGGAGGUCGGCCACGAGAGAGACUCCUUGCAGAGACAGCUCAACACUGCUCUUCCUCAGGAGUUUGCGGCGCUUACGAAGGAGCUCAAUGUCUGCAGGGAGCAGCUCCUGGAGAGGGAGGAGGAGAUCGCCGAGCUGAAGGCGGAGAGGAACAACACCAGGCUGCUUCUGGAGCACUUGGAGUGCCUCGUGUCCAGGCACGAGAGGUCUCUGCGCAUGACGGUGGUGAAGCGGCAGGCGCAGUCCCCCGCCGGCGUGUCCAGCGAGGUGGAGGUGCUCAAGGCCCUGAAGUCCUUGUUCGAGCACCACAAAGCUCUGGAUGAAAAGGUGAGAGAGCGGCUACGAGUAGCACUCGAGAGGUGUAGUUUGUUAGAAGAAGAAUUAGGGGCCACACACAAGGAGCUAAUGAUUCUUAAAGAACAGAAUAAUCAGAAAAAAACACUAACAGACGGAGUGCUUGACAUAAACCACGAACAGGAAACUACGCCGAGCACGAAUGGAAAGAGAUCUUCGGACGGCUCUCUAAGCCACGAGGAGGACCUUGCCAAGGUCAUCGAGCUCCAGGAAAUCAUAGAUAAGCAGUCAAAAGAGCAGAGCCAGAUGAAGGAGCGCCUGGCUGCCCUGUCCAGUCACGUGGCGGAGCUGGAGGAGGACCUGGACACCGCGAGGAAGGACCUCAUCAAGUCGGAAGAAGCGAACACGAAGUUGCAGCGAGAUGUCCGUGAAGCCAUGGCCCAGAAGGAAGACAUGGAAGAGAGGAUCACUACCCUUGAGAAGCGCUACCUCGCGGCACAGCGUGAAGCCACCUCGGUGCACGACCUCAACGAUAAACUUGAAAACGAGAUCGCAAAUAAAGACUCUAUGCAUCGACAGACAGAGGAUAAAAACCGCCAGUUACAAGAGCGCCUAGAGUUGGCGGAGCAGAAGCUGCAGCAGACCCUGAGGAAGGCCGAGACGCUGCCCGAGGUGGAGGCCGAGCUGGCCCAGCGGGUGGCGGCCCUCUCCAAGGCCGAGGAGAGACAUGGCAACAUCGAGGAGAGGCUGCGCCAGAUGGAGGCCCAGCUGGAGGACAAGAACCAGGAGCUGCAGCGGGCACGGCAGAGAGAGAAGAUGAACGAGGAACAUAAUAAGCGUUUAUCGGACACUGUUGACAAGCUCCUUUCUGAAUCCAACGAGAGGCUUCAGCUUCACCUUAAAGAGAGAAUGGCGGCCCUGGAAGACAAGAACUCUCUACUACGAGAAGUUGAAAAUGCAAAAAAGCAGUUAGAAGAAACACAGCAUGAUAAGGACCGGCUCCUACUGAACGUGGAAGCGCUGAGGGCUGAAUUAGAGCAGACGAGACUGAGAGGCACCACCCUUCACCGUGGCCGACCGCACCUGGGCAGUGUCCCCGACUUCAGGUUCCCCCUGGCGGACGGCCCCACGGACACCUACAGCAGCAGCGCGGUGUUGCGGCGCCCCCAGAAAGGCCGUGCGGCCGCCCUGCGAGACGAGCCUUCCAAGGUGCAGACUCUGAACGAGCAGGACUGGGAGCGAGCGCAGCAAGCCAGCGUGCUGGCAAACGUGGCGCAGGCGUUCGAGAGUGACGUUGACGUGUCUGAUGGCGAAGACGACGGGGACACGCUCUUCAGUCCGGCUGCUCUGCUCUCCCCUGGCGGGCAGGCCGACGCGCAGACGCUGGCCAUGAUGCUUCAGGAGCAGCUGGACGCCAUCAACAAGGAGAUCAGGCUCAUACAAGAAGAGAAGGAGAGCACGGAGCAGCGGGCGGAGGAGAUUGAGAGCCGAGUGGGCAGCGGCAGUUUAGACAGUCCCGGUCGUUUUAGGCCGGCGGGCUCCGGCCCCCCGCACCCCGCGUCCACACUCGUGGGCCCCUCCCCUCCACACAGCGGGCGCUCCACCCCGCGGAGGGGCCCGCACAGCCCCGCCAGGGAGGUGGACAGACUGGGGGUCAUGACUCUAUUGCCGGCUUCGCGUGAAGAGGUACGAGAUGACAAGGCAACGAUAAAAUGUGAAACGUCCCCUCCUUCCUCCCCGAGGUCCCUGCGCUUGGACAGGCUGCACCAAGGGGUGCUGCACGCAGCCAGCCACGAAGACAUCAGGGAUGCCAGAAACUCAACAGGCUCCCAGGAUGGCCCCGUGAGCAACCCCAGCAGCAGCAACAGUAGCCAGGACUCGCUGCACAAAGCCCCCAAGAAGAAGGGCAUCAAGUCCUCCAUCGGACGCUUGUUCGGCAAGAAAGAGAAGGGUCGCCCCGGCCAUACUGGCAAGGAGCCUGCGGGACCAGCUGCCGUUUCGGAGGCGGAAAACUCCUCUCAGGAUGCGUUGGGACUCAGCAAAUUGGGCGGACAGGCUGAAAAAAAUCGUAAACUUCAAAAAAAGCACGAGUUGCUCGAGGAAGCCCGGAGACAAGGUUUACCUUUUGCGCAGUGGGACGGGCCCACCGUGGUUGUGUGGCUGGAGCUCUGGGUCGGGAUGCCUGCCUGGUAUGUGGCUGCCUGCCGAGCCAACGUGAAAAGCGGGGCCAUCAUGUCCGCGCUGUCGGACACGGAAAUCCAGCGCGAGAUCGGCAUCAGCAACCCCCUGCACCGGCUGAAGCUGCGCCUGGCCAUCCAGGAGAUCAUGUCCCUGACCAGCCCGUCGGCGCCCCCCACCUCCAGAACGACCACAGGAAAUGUCUGGUUAACGCACGAAGAGAUGGAAACGCUCACGGCCACGCCACAAACGACGCUGGCGUACGGGGACAUGAACCACGAGUGGAUCGGCAAUGAGUGGCUGCCCAGCCUGGGUCUGGCGCAGUACCGCAGCUACUUCAUGGAGUGCCUGGUGGACGCGCGCAUGCUCGACCACCUGACCAAGAAGGACCUGCGGGGGCAGCUGAAGAUGGUGGACAGCUUCCACAGAAACAGUUUCCAGUGCGGAAUUAUGUGCCUGCGGAGGUUGAAUUACGACCGGAAAGAGCUAGAGAGAAAGAGAGAAGAAAGCCAGAGCGAAGUAAAAGACGUGCUGGUUUGGAGCAACGACCGAGUGAUUCGCUGGGUGCUGUCGAUCGGCCUUAAAGAAUAUGCCAACAACCUCGUGGAGAGCGGCGUCCACGGCGCGCUGGUGGCCUUAGAUGAGACCUUCGACUUCAACGCCCUGGCGCUUCUGCUGCAGAUCCCGACCCAGAACACACAGGCUCGUGCCGUCUUGGAAAGGGAGUUUAACAACCUUUUGGUCAUGGGGACUGACAGAAGGUUCGAUGAAGAUGAUGAUAAGAGCUUCAGGAGGGCGCCUUCUUGGAGAAAAAAAUUCAGACCGAAGGACGUUCGCGGCUUAGCCGCUGGGUCGGCAGAGACUCUCCCGGCGAACUUCCGGGUCACUUCCUCUCUGUCCCCGCCCUCCGUGCAGCCAAAGAAGAUGCAGCUGGACGGCAGCGUAUCAGGACCGCAGAGGCUGGAUUCGGCCACAGUCAGGACUUACUCCUGCUGACGCCCCCUGUUGUUUACCCGCACUACUUCUACCGCUGACCCUGCGGCACCCUGACUCCGCCGGGGGCUACGUCUUAAAAUCCAACGGAGUCUUUAAUCUGUCAAUACUUGUUAUAUGGACCCUGAGAUAUUUUAUUACAGAGUUUUUAAUUAGUGAAAAAUUCAUGAAUACCAUAGAGAAAAUAUUUUAGAAUUUAAUGUUUCUUAUAUUUAUGUAAACUUAUGACUUCAUUUAUAUAGUUACUUACUUUUUCAUGUAUAGCCGGGCUAUAAAUAUCCUUUUAAAUCAAUUCACGUUCUUAUAUCUAAUUUUAGUCUUUCGAAUGAAUGUACUGUAAUGCUUGUAUGUAUAAAUCCUAUGAACAAAUAUAGGGCUUUUGUAAAUUAUGCAUUUAUUGUAAUUAUCAUUGUUUAAUUUUUUAUUAAUAAACCCUGACAGAGAAAAGGAUUUUACCGCAUCUGUAAAAUCAUCGUGACCCAGCGUGCAUCAGCCUUUACAAACGUCACCCAGCUCUACAACAAUCAUCUUGAAAUAAUCAGACUUAAUCUUGAGCAAUUGUUGUUGUAUUUUAAUGACUGACCUUAAUGACACUUUUUCUAGCAAGAAAUGCUUCAUUCUGCAGUGUGAACAGAUUAACAAUGUCUGGUGUUAAAUAUCAGCUGAUAAAACUUGGAAGGGUUAUCGGAACACUAUGAAAAUGUCCUCGGACCGGGGACGCCUUUCACAGCCUUGUCCCUGGGGGCUGGGGCGGCCUGCCUGGAGUGACCCACAGAACCCCGGAGCCGAGGACCCCGAAAGCCCAGGCUCCCCCGCCCCUGCUCCCUGGCACCAGAACUCUCAGAGGACCAAUCAGGAAGCAGUGGGCUCCCACCGCGGGGCUGGGUGCUGCGUGCGCGCCCAGGAGGAGGCCGCCUAAGAUUCUGGAAAUAAUGUAGUGCAACUCUAAUAAAGGCCUUACUGUUCUUAUGUAAAUCAUCUUUUUACAUUUGUUUGUAAACAUGUUUAAAGAGUGGACCCCAGAGUCCAUUUGUAGAUUUUGAUGAGACAGCCGUUUGGGGCUCCCGGAGGAGCGAGUGUAACUGUACCUUUUUGCGGCGUAUUAAACAGCCAGCAGGAAGUGUGCUCAGAUCGCCGUGCAUUAUUUAUUGUGCAGCCGGUGCAGGGGUGGACACGUCAUGUCUUCUUACAUUUGGUUUUAAUUUACUUGUAUGAUUCACUGUUUCCGCUCUGUUUUUCUAUUAAUCUUUUGUGAACUUCCUGAUUGUGUAACAAAGUAUGUACAGUCUACUUUUGAACUGUUUUUAUCACAGUAUUAUUUAUUGCUGUCUUUCAAUACAGUUCCGAGGCGUUUUCCACUGCCAAUAAAGAAUACUGAGAAAAGCC